AUUUUUUAACACAAGUAUUUGUACUUCUACUUGAGCAUGGAAAGUGAGUACUUUUGCCAUCUCUGUUGAACAGUGGACUGUGAGAGAAAGGGUGAAAGUCUUCAAAUUUUCCAGUGCACAAAUAAGACCCUCAGUCCUUAAAUAAAAUCUUGAAGCAAAAGCAAGAAAGAUUUGUAUAAAACUAACUAGAUAGCAAUAGCAACAUGGGAAUACUAGUACUGAUGGCUACUAUAAAAAAAAGCAGUUUAAGAAUUGUUUAGUUCUAGUGGAGACAAUGACUUGUUGUGCCUCAUUGAUGGAAGGAGCUGGAAAAGGAAACCAGUUUUGAAACAUGAGACCAGCUUUGCAUUUGGUGUGACAAGCAUUCCCAUCUACACAACUUUAGAACGUGUUGUGUAUGACCUCCUUCUGUCUGUGUAUGUCUGUGUUGUAUCUAAUCCUUUAUUACCCCUCACCACUCUGUAGGGGCCAUUUCGGCCAUUUGGGUGCCCAAGUCCAUGUGUGUGUCUGGUCCAGUCUGGUUACAAUGUUUUUAGCAAGGAGUCCUGUGCCUAUUGAGGGUACAGCUUACACACACAGGCAGGGGCAUGAGGAUUUUGGGGGGAAGAGGCUCAAGUGAAAAAAGAGCACUUCUCAUAAUUUUCCAAAUAAAAAUUGCUUUAUGACAUGUGGGUAUAUUGGCUAGCAAAUGUCUGACUAACCGAUUUAUUAAAAUACCCUCAUGCAAAUACUACUUAAUACUCAACAGAUUUCUACAAAAGAAUCAGUAGUAGUAUUAUACAAUCCCCCCAUUCACGUGUAAGGCAGGGCUGUCUAUAUCAUGUGUUGAUAAAGAUAUAUUGGCAAAGAACGAACUAAUGGAAUGAAUAGGCCUAGUUAUUGAAAAAAGGGCACUUUAUCUCCUGGAUGAAAAAGGGCAGGGGCUCAAGACCUCUUUGAUGUCUAUAUGUGCAUGUGCACGUGCCUGCACACGGGUACAUGCACCAUGUGCGGACUGGCUUCACCUUCACAGCCGGCAGGGUGGCCAGUUUCCUCCCCUUUAGCCUACCAAGAACCUAUGGGGGUUGCUGUUUCUGUAAACUGUCAGUCCUGUGUUGUGACAUCAGAGAAAAGUUCUCCAUUUGGCCCCUGGCCAGACUUCGGAAAUCUGGGUGUCCAUUUUGUAGAUGUUAUCUCAGUUAGACUCAGAUGCCCGUGUCACAGUCAUGAAGACAUCUGUGUUGCACUGGUAAGUGCUGGAAUACUGAGUGUUAGUUCGGAUCUUUUGAAAAAUAAGCAGGUGAUCUGAACAGGUGCAGGAUUAGCAGUGAAUCACAAGAAUAGAAUGUCACAACAACCCAGUCAAGAAGAACUGCGAGUGGUGAUGCUGGGUUCAAUUGAGUCUGGAAAGACAUCUGUGAUAAACACCUUACUUGGUCAUACAGGGUCUGAUUUGGGGAAAAGAACAGUUAACUGUGUGAGGAAAGAGGGGGAGGUCAGAGGCAGAAAACUCAUUCUAGUCGAUACCCCAGGCUGGUGGAGGAACUUUUCGUUAAUUGACACAGCAGAGUUUAAGAAGCGGAAGCUUAUGCUGAGUGUCUGCAAAUGUCCCCCAGGACCUCAUGCUUUUAUCUUAACAGUUAAGAUCGACAACCCCUUCACUGAGAACAACAGAAGAGCCAUCGAGGAACAUUUGAGUCUCUUUGGGGAGAGCAUCUGGGAACGUACAAUAGUGGUCUUCACUAUCAUAAGAGAUGUGCUGGGAGCAGAAACCAUGGAGGCACUGGUAGAUGAAAACCUUGAGCAGUACAUUGAGAGUGGGGGAGAGACCUUGAAAUGGCUAGUGAGGAAAUGUGGUAACCGAUAUUGUGUCCUUAAGCAUGAUUCUAAGCAGAUUUCCCAACUGCUGGAAAAGAUAGAGGGUGUAGUAGCGAAAAAUCACGGGGGUUAUUUUCAACUCGAUGAGAAGGUGUUAAAGAAAAUUGAGGAGAAGAAGAAAGCCAACGAGGAGAAAGCCAGGUCCCGGCGUCUUAUAGUUGCCAGGCAACGGGAAGGAAGUAAAUCUGAGAUCCAAAUUCUUCUGCUAGGCUGGGUGUGCUCUAGAAAGACCAUGGCUAGAAACAUCAUCCUAAACCUAAAGGAGAACAUAGGCUGGAGAAGAACCAUCCAGACAAAUAGAAAAUCAGGAAUAGUGGCGGGGCGUCUGGUCAGUGUGGUGGACACCCCUGGCUGGUGGAAGUACUUCUCUGGCCAGUUCACUCAAGAGUGGAUGAAGACGGAGCUACGUAGGAGUGUGACGCUUGACGGUAAGAAUCCCCACGCCAUUCUUCUUGCAGUUCCAGCAGAUACUACCUUCCUUGAGGAACAGAGGAAGAUUACAGAAGACAACAUGAAGAUAUUUGGCGAGCAUGUGUGGAGGCAUACCAUGGUGCUGUUCACAUGUGGAGACCUGCUGGGAGACACAAGCAUUGAGGAGCACAUUGAGUAUGAAGGAGCACCACUGCAGUGGCUCGUGGAGAAGUGUGGAAACAGAUAUCAUGUCUUGGGCAAAGACCAAGGUGGGGAAAGCUCACAGGUCACAGAGCUGCUGGAGAAGGUUGAGGAGAUGGUGGCUACAAACAGCAUGUUCAGUCUCCACGAAGAGUCUCAAACACCAGAAGUCGAGGAGAUGGCUGAAGAACCAGAUGAAACAAAUGCAGAGGUUGUGCGAUUCUUGGACCAGGAAUGGAACAGGAUGGACAAACAAAUGGAAGAGACCGUCAAAAGCAUUUGCAGCCAAACCCUUGUCCUGGAGGGAAAUAGAAGCAUAGAUGAUUUUCCUGACCACAAUGAGCCAUUCACUGAUACCAGUGGGAAUGAAAGGUUGUCCACAAAGUGCAUCAGUCCACUGACCAUAAAUCCCCCUGUCGCAGACGGAGAGGGCCCAGCUGACCUGUCUGAGCAGGCUGAAGGGGAGACGCUGGAGAGGGUGAGGGAGAUGCUGGAGCGAGAGUGGAGCCGACAGGAAGUGGUGGUCAGGGAGCGGCUUCACGAAAUCCUGUCAGAGCAACACACGCCCGCGGGUCUGUCAUCUGAAUCUGAUGAGAGUGAUCAAUCAUGAGCGUGAACUCCCAAAAAAAAUAUCUUCAAAUGAUUUGAUGGCACCUCUGGACAUGACACUGAUGAAGAUCUUGACCAUGAGAAAAAUGAAUAGCACAUUCACACAUGAGAAGAUUAUAUGUACUGUGUAUUAUACAAUUUUAUAUUUUGUAAGGGGCGUUGUGCACCCCUAUGAUGUGUGUGUGUGUGUGUGUAUGUGUGUGUGUGUGUGUGUGUGUGAUAUGUCAUCCAUAAUGCAGUGUGCUGCCUAAUGUUCAUUUUGGCAAAUUUACGUGGUUAAGUGGUUUUAGCCUGUGCAAAUGUCAAUGUGAAUUUCCGUUAUCAUUUUCUGUGUGCCAUGUGUAAAUACUACUGUUUAAGAAACGUGGCACGAGUGAGAGUCGGGCUAGGAAAGGAUAUAGACCCUACCUACAGUACGGCUAUGGUUUGGCCGCAGGCCGCAGCUACCCCUGAGUUAUUUCCAUUCAUUAUGAGUCUUGGAAUGCCUCUCAUCCAAUCAGAGGUGAAUAAAAAGCUUAGACUAGCUGUUGUAUUUAAGGGAAUCUAUAUGCUGUCAGCAUACAAUACCCUAUGCUUUGCUUUCUAAAGUGCCAAUGAGUAAACUUCUAUUUGCUUUAAACUUCUAAAAGUGUUGAUUUAUACUCGUUCCCAUAGUUUUGCCUUCAUCAGAGCGCUUUUUUGUAGGCCAUAUGGGUAAUAUAUCUUUACAAUAUUUGUUAUAAUCUGUUCAUCCAAUCCUAUGUGCAUGAUUGUUUUAACCUGAGUGUUUAUUUACAGUGGAAGAACUCAGCAACCACUGAAAAAAGUCUAUCUUUCUUUCAACGACACCUAACAAAUAUGUGUAUGUUUCAUUUAUGUUCUGUAAAACACAGGCAAUGGGAAAUAGGAAUAUUUAAAUUGCAACUUUAUGAAUAAAAUA